AGGGACAGGCAUCCCGCUGAACUGAUGAGAGGUGGAUAUUUACUCGGGAUUCUCUCCGCUCGGGAAGCUUCUGCAUGCCCGGGCUACUUGCAGUUCUCGCGACCAGUUGACACGCCAGGUGUGCGAGCUCGGUUAAGGCCCUCUUGGCUGUCGUCAAAAUGGUGAUCAAGGUGUUCGUAGCCACUUCCUCGGGGUCUACCGCGAUUAAGAAGAAACAGCAAGAAGUAGUGGGCUUUUUAGAGGCCAACAAGAUUGACUUUAAGGAACUGGACAUAGCCGGUGAUGAAGACAACAGGAAAUGGAUGAGAGAGAAUGUUCCAGGUGAAAAGAAGCCUCAGAAUGGAAUCCCCCUCCCUCCACAGAUAUUCAAUGAGGAACAGUAUUGUGGGGAUUUUGACUCCUUUUUCUCUGCAAAAGAAGAAAAUAUUAUUUAUUCAUUCCUAGGCCUUGCUCCUCCACCAGGCUCAAUGGAGGAGAGGAUUACUGAGGAGGUGCCGUCUGUGCCAAAUGGUGAAGUUUCAGGAGAAGAGCACAAAGCUACAGAAGAGACUGAAAAAUCAGAAGCAACUGACGAGAACGAAGCGCACACAGAAGACAAUGCAGAGGCAAAUACCGAAUCCGCUGAAGUGCCGACAGAAGAACAACAAGAAGUAGAAGAAGCACAGGAAGAAGGGGAGGAAGAGGAGGAGGAGGAGGAGGAGGAGGAGGAGGAGGAAGAGGAGUCUUAGUACUUUUAUAUGACUUCCUUCAAAAGAUUGUUCAGGAAAAAGAAGCCAUGACAGUUACCACAGUGCGAAGAUGAUAAAAAUGAUCACCAGCCCUUCAUGAAAACAUCAUUGCCUGUGAAGUCUAACUCCAGAUAUUGGCAUAGAUGUAGCCCAAGGGGAAAAAAGCAGCCCUACAUGCAAUCUGUAUAUGUGUGUGUGUCGCAUUCUGGCUUUGUGUCACAUGGGUCUUAAGAGCCUCAGAUACUGAUAACUGGCAAACAUUGUGAGUUAUGAUAUUUAGGAUGUAGAAUUCUGUAGGCAAGGACUGCGUCAGUCUCCAUGUCUGUGCAUGGCCAAGCACAUACCACUGGAAAUGCUGAAAAAUACUGGCAACACCAUGCAGAACCGGAAAUGCCAAAGAUACUUCCUGUGUAUGUGCUGCAUCCUGCUUAUCUCUAAACUAGCCUUUGGAAUGGGUGGUAUUUUUAAUGUACAGCUGUUGAAAUAAAUAAGUUUCAUGUCUACUGUC